GGCACAGGCAGUAGCAGGGGCGAAGGUCGGGUGGCAGGAACGGGUGUGGCUGGAACCUCUGCGGCCUGGCUCUGCGGCCGGCCCGGGCAGGGCUGUGACGGGGCUGAGCUGGUCCUGUCUGUCCGGGGUGUUCUCUCCGCUGCUUUGUGCGUGGGGACUGCCAGUGGCGGCUGGGGAGGCUCCGCGUCCUCCUCGCUGGUGGCUAGAAUGAGGCGGUGGCCCAAGAAGGGCCAUCGCCGGGCUGGGAGUUGUAUCGACGGGUCACCUGCUGUCACAGCAGGUGACAGUCUCUGGGUGGCUUUGCCAGGGCCUUGCUGUGUGUCCCCGGGCAGGUCCUCUUGCAGAACGAGCAGAUUUAGACUGCGAGUCCACCAUCAUCCCCGGCUGCAAGGCCUAACCCGACCUCUGCCCUUUCUCCGGUCAUCUGGGAGGCGGGCCCCGGCGGCUCCCACCCGUGUCCGGACUCCCGCUGUGGCUGCGGGAAGGAAAACCCACGGCUGCUCCACAGUCGAGGGCGACCCAGGCGUGGGCCCCUGGCGCUGUCUGAGGGCGGCCGCAGGGGCCCUCACACGGGUGUGUCCCAAGGAGAAAGCCGGGGCCUGCCCCCGCCCGCCGCCCUCCUGCUGCUGCGGGAGCAGCCGCCCCUUCCGCACGCUGCGCUGCGGCCUGUCCCUCCUCCUCCUCUGGCCUUUCCAGGAAGCCAUGCAGGGAGUGGACUUGGGCCUGGCUUCCUGCUGGCGCCGACCUCCCUGGGGCAGCCCUGCUCAGGAAGAGCCUGUGGCAUGUGGGGUCCCUUCCUGCCAUGGGGGAGGCAGCCCCUGGUGGUCCAGGGCCACUUCCCGCCUCCUAGGGAGAGGCCUUCCAGUUCACACGCCCUGCAGAGGCAGCCGCCCGGGGACGGGGACGGGGGUGACGGGGGCAGCACUCCCCUGCAAAGGCUUCUGGGGCUGCCUGGAAUUCCAAAGUGGCCAGGACAGGGCGGGGCAGAGCCUCCUGGGCCAGGCACUUCCGCAUCCUUGGGGCCCCUGGAUGCCGGACCUUCCUCGCGCUUCCCUUGUCCCUGCUGAAGACAGCUCAGAACCACCCCAUGCUGGUGGAGCUCAAAAAUGGGGAGACGUACAAUGGGCACCUGGUGAGCUGCGACAACUGGAUGAACAUUAACCUGCGGGAGGUGAUCUGCACGUCCCGGGACGGGGACAAGUUCUGGCGGAUGCCCGAGUGCUACAUCCGCGGCAGCACCAUCAAGUACCUGCGCAUCCCCGACGAGAUCAUCGACAUGGUCAAGGAGGAGGUGGUGGCCAAGGGGCGCGGCCGCGGCGGCCUGCAGCACCAGAAGCAGCAGAAAGGCCGCGGCAUGGGCGGCGCCGGGCGAGGCGUGUUUGGCGGCCGGGGCCGAGGCGGGAUCCCUGGCACAGGCAGGGGCCAGCCGGAGAAGAAGCCGGGCAGACAGGCGGGCAAGCAGUGAGCCCCGCUGGGGACGGCCACCACAUCGCCCCGCCCCGCCGGCGCGUUCCCCUGAUCCAGAGCGCAGGCCUGUCGGGAAAGAAGCGGAGAGGCAGGUGUUGGGGGACGACCCCCGCCCCUGCAUCAUUUUUGCCCCUGCUCU